AUGUGGCCGACCGUGCUUCCAACUAUUGCGUUGAAUAGAGCGUUGGUUUCUGAGGAGUCCAAAAUCGCAGUGAAUGGAUGGAAGAUUUCAAAAUUCAAGUUUUUUUGGAUGUUUUUCAUCGGUAGUUUCUGCUAUUUCUGGAUACCGGGAUAUCUCUUUUCGGCCUUGUCUAACUUUGAUUGGAUGGUCUGGAUCAAGCCUGACGACCUACUACUGAAUACUAUUACUGGUUUCUACGGCUUGGGAAUCAAUCCAAUAACAACAUUUGAUUGGAAUAUUAUUUCUUUUAACUCUCCCCUUGUCUGGCCCUUUUAUACGCAACUCAAUGCAUACAUCGGAACAGCUAUUGCUGGAUGUAUUAUUAUUCCUGCUGUGUAUUACACCAAUUAUAAGUGGACAGCGUAUAUUCCAAUUAAUACCAACUCCCUAUACGCAAAUGACCAAACUCCUUACGACGUCACUCAAGUAUUAGAUUCCAAAGGAUUGUUUUCAGAUGAACUCUAUCAAAAAUACUCACCUCCUUAUUAUUCUGCUGCUAAUUUAGUUGUGUAUGGAGCCUUUUUUGCCAUAUACCCUUACGCUGUUAUCGACCAAACUCUUUCUAAUUGGACCGGUAUAAAAGGAGCAUUCAUUGAUGUUUACAAGGGGCUAAUUGAUAGAAAGAGGUCAAAUUUUCACAACCAGAAGGAUGGAUUUAGUCAAUGCAUGUCACACUAUAAAGAAGUUCCUGAUUGGUGGUUUUUUACAGUUCUGCUUAUUUCUCUUGUUCUCGGAAUCAUCUUUGUAGAGAUUUACCCCACAAAUACUCCAGUAUGGGGAAUAUUUUUUGCUCUCGGUAUUAACUUUGUGUUCUUAAUCCCUCUUACUUUGAUCUAUUCGUCCACUGGUUUUAGUUUUGGUCUCAAUGUACUAGUUGAACUUAUUGUAGGAUAUGCCCUUCCAGGUAAUGGUAUUGCAUUGAUGAUUAUCAAGACAUAUGGAUAUAACAUUGAUGGACAAUCAGAAAGUUAUUUGAGUACACAGAAAAUGGCCCAUUACACGAAGAUUCCUCCAAGAGCUAUAUUCAGAGCAAUGAUACUUGCUACGUUCAUACAGUGUUUUGUUAGUAUUGGAGUUGUGAACUUCCUGAUUCAUAAGGUCGAUGGAAUCUGUAACUAUGAAAUCCAAAGCACUAAGGAGAAGUUCCUCUGCCCUAGUGAGAAAACAUACUACAGUUCUUCAGUAAUUUGGGGUGUUAUUGGACCUAAAUUGGUUUUCAAGAGUAUAUAUCCUAUACUGAAAUGGUGCUUCCUUAUUGGGGCUCUCAUCCCUGCCCCUAUAUGGUAUGCGAAGAAGAGAUUCCCUAAACAACUCAAAUAUUUCCACCCCGUGAUUGUUAUUGGAGGUUUCCUAAACUAUGCUCCAUAUUCCCUUGCGUUUUAUACACCAGGUAUAUUUGCAAGUUAUGCGUUUAUGGUGCACAUCAGAAGAAGGUAUUUCGGAUGGUGGGAACGUUACAACUAUGUGCUUACUUCUGCUCUCACAGCUGGUGUGGCAUUGUCCGCAAUUAUUAUCUUCUUUGCAGUACAAUAUCAUCCAAAGUCUGUCUCUUGGUGGGGAACAGAGGGGUAUGCUAAUAAUACAGAUUUGGGUCUCGGAGGUGCCCCGCGGUUGACUCUUGCAGAAGGAGAGAUAUUUGGUUUCCCCUACGGACAGUUCCCUACUAAUUCGUAG